CAGAAAGCCUGCUCCAUCCACCACAUCGCUCUACACCUCACCAAGACAGGUCUACCUCACCGGAGAGAAAAGAAGAGAAGCGAAGAUGUCGGGGCGCGGCAAGGGAGGCAAGGGUCUGGGCAAGGGCGGCGCCAAGCGCCACCGGAAGGUCCUCCGGGACAACAUCCAGGGCAUCACCAAGCCGGCGAUCCGUCGUCUGGCGCGUCGUGGCGGCGUGAAGCGCAUCUCGGGGCUCAUCUACGAGGAGACCCGCGGCGUGCUCAAGAUCUUCCUCGAGAACGUCAUCCGCGACGCCGUCACCUACACCGAGCACGCCCGCCGCAAGACCGUCACCGCCAUGGACGUCGUCUACGCACUCAAGCGCCAGGGACGCACCCUCUACGGAUUCGGAGGCUAGGCCACCACCACCAGAUUAGAGUGUCUGGGGUUCGUGGUCGUUGAUGUAAUUGCAGCAUCUCGCUGUUGUUUGCUAUCUUCUGUAGAAUGGAAUGGAAUGGAAAUUGAACUAGUUUAUCCUUGAAA